AUGGUCCUUCCCCUCAUUCUCCUCUCCCUCUUCACCUCUCUCUCCCUCUUCACCGAAUUCACCGCCGCGCUCGACGUGCUAUCUCCGAACCAGACACUCGCGGACGCUGCCGGCGGAACGCUGGUUUCCGCGGAUGAAUCCUUCGAGUUAGGCUUCUUCCCUCCACCCAACUCUGGAAACCGUUACGUCGGAAUAUGGUUCAAGCAAGUCUCACUACAAACGCCCAUUUGGGUAGCAAACAAAGACAACCCAGUAACAGAUACGUCUGGUGUCCUCACAAUAAGCCCCCCUGGCAACAUAAUCAUCACUUCCAACCAAACAAAUCUCAUUUGGUCCUCAAACUCAACAAUGUUAUCAGCCAGUCCUGUUUUGCAACUCCUAGACAUUGGAAACCUUGUUGUGGUCAAUAGCAAUACAGGGAGUUAUUUAUGGCAAAGCUUCGAUCACCCGCGCGAUACGUUAGUACCCGGGAUGAAACUGGGAUGGGAUAUUUCCAAAAACCAAGAGUGGUACUUAACGUCGUGGAAUAGUUUGCAAGAUCCAUCCACGGGCGAUUAUACGUACAGGGUUGACCCCCGGGGUCUCCCCCAAUUAGUACUUCGCCGAGGAUCAACGAUCUCUUACCGAAGUGGACCAUGGGAUGGGGUUCGCUUCGGUGGAGGUCUUCCACUAACUCCAAUGAAAGAGAACACUGUCUUCAGUCCUAAUUUCGUAUACAACACAACUUUUGUCUACUACUCGUUUGUUAACAUUGAUGAUACUAUCAUUUCAAGGUUUGUGGUGAACCAAACAGGAUUAAUUGAGCACCUCACAUGGAACCAGGGAAGCGGCGAGUGGGUAGAUAUAGCAACCCUGCAAGCGGAUUCAUGCGAUUUGCAACAUAAACGAAAUACCAAUUUGUCAUUGCAUGGAUGGACAGAGUUGAAUUGUACGGUGGCCACGGGGUUUAGGAGGUUUUCCAGGCUGAAAUUGCCGGACACGUCCUACUUUUUGGGGAAUAGGACAGAGAUAAGUCGGGUGGAUUGCGAAGAGGCUUGUUUGAAGAAUUGUUCUUGUUUGGGUUUUGCUCAAACUGAUAUUAGUGGGUGUGUGGUUUGGUCUGGGGAGUUGCUUGAUAUGAGACAAUAUCAUGAAGGCGGACAGGAUUUGUACGUUCGGCUGGCUGCUUUUGAGCUCGGUAAGUUCUUCACAAUGAGCAGUGUUACAGACAUAGAUGUUUGA